AUGCGGCGCGUCGCCGAGAACGGCUGCACAGCAGUGUCCUGCUCACUUGUCACGAGACAAGCCUCUGCCCCCCGGGCCGCCGCCUCCGACCGCUCUCCGGCCAGAGCGGCGGCCGCCCCAAAGGCCGGCAAACUUUGCCCGCAACCACACGGCUUCGGGCGCGAGACGCGGCUGAGGUCGGGGUGGGGGCGGACUGCAGGCAGCCCGGCCGGCCCUCGGGCUGGCGGCGUUCUUGAGGCUCGGCGCGGACGUCUCGCCGAGGACCCUUGGAGUACAAAUGUUGAGUCAGAAGCAGUAAGUUAUCAGAAACCGCCGGAAGAGAACGGCGCCUCCGGCACGGUUGGCGGUAAGGCGGCAGCGGGGCAGGGAGCGCCCCCGGGCCGCCGAGCCGCCCCCGCCGGCGCGAUUUAUGGGGCAAUCACUGCGGGGGCGGCCGCGCGGACACCGCCGGGACCGACUGACCUCCUUACUGGCGCACGGCUACCUCACCGGCCCCCUGCAGCCGCCGCCGCCUGUAACGCACACCUGGGCGGCGCGCGCCAUGAAUACGCGAUGCGGCAGCACGCGCCGGCCGGGGAUAAAUCUGGGCGGAUGGCUCCCGCGGGCCAGAUUGCCGCCGCCGAUGAUUACGGCCGUCUGCCGCCCCCGUCUGCCGCCCCCGACCAUCCACCCCCGCCCCACCACUGCUAG